UGUGAAGCUUGGAGUGAUUGGCCCAGGCCACUGCACUCAGCUCUUGGUUGAGAAGUCUUGGGAGCUUUUCUGCUGGGUCUGCUUCAAACUUGAUCUUCCCAUUCUCAUCUUCCAAGGAGCUAGGAUUACAAGUAUGAGCCACUGGUCCCAAUUGAAAUAAUCCAUCUGAAUGCUAGUCCCUGACCUAUUUGCCUUUUAUGUCUGUCUGUCAUGUUGGAGCACAAAGAGUUCUAAGAACUGAGUAUGAAAUGGAAGGAGUCCAGCUAAGACCACUUCGCUUUAACUGGAGAGGCAACCUAGGUUUCCCUGGCAGGAUAGCUUCUUUUGCUCAUGAUGAUGCCUUAUUGAAAUGUUAAAUGGAAACUAGCCAGAAGACAUUUCUUCAACUAUUGUUGUAAAGAAAGCAUCUAGGCUGCAUGGAAUUCAGCAUCAAGAAAAGUCCCCUUUCUGUUCAGAAAGUUGUAAAGUGUAUGAAGAUGAAGCAGACACCAGAAAUCCUUGGCAAUGGAAAUGGAAAGACUCAGAACUGUGAAGUGAAUCACGAAUGUUCUGUAUUCCUCAGCAAAGCGCAGCUUUCUAACAGCCUACAGGAGGGGGUGAUGCAGAAGUUCAACGGCCACGAUGCGCUUCCAUUUAUUCCUGCUGAGAAGUUGAAGGACCUCACUUCCCGUGUGUUCAAUGGAGAACCGGAUGCUCAGGAUGCGAAACUGUGCUUUGAGCCCCAGGAAGCACAAGGAGCUGGGACACCACCCAACACCACCCCUGCCAAAAAUGGAUCUCCAGAGAUCAAGCUGAAAAUUACCAAAACGUACAUGAAUGGGAAGCCGCUUUUUGAAUCUUCCAUUUGUGGUGACAGUGCUGCUGAGAUGUCUCAAUUGGAAGAAAACGGACAGAAAUUAGAGAACAAGGCGAGGAGAAACAGGAAGAGGAGCAUAAAGUAUGACUCCUUACUGGAGCAAGGCCUUGUAGAAGCAGCUCUAGUGUCUAAGAUCUCGAGUCCUACAGAAAAAAAGAUUUCAGUUAAGAAAGAGUCCUGUCCUAACACUGGCAGAGACAAAGACCACUUGCUGAAGUACAACGUGGGUGAUUUAGUGUGGUCCAAAGUGUCUGGCUACCCGUGGUGGCCUUGCAUGGUGUCUGCAGAUCCACUCCUUCACAACUACACCAAACUUAAAGGUCAGAAGAAGAGUGCACGCCAGUAUCACGUACAGUUCUUUGGUGAUGCUCCGGAGAGAGCUUGGAUCUUUGAGAAGAGCCUCGUAGCCUUUGAGGGAGAAGGACAGUUUGAAAAGCUGUGCCAGGAGAGUGCCAAGCAGGCGCCCACAAAAGCUGAGAAAAUGAAGCUGUUGAAACCUAUUUCAGGGAAAUUGAGGUCCCAGUGGGAAAUGGGCAUUGUCCAAGCAGAAGAAGCCGCAAGUAUGUCAGUAGAAGAGCGGAAAGCCAAAUUCACCUUCCUCUAUGUGGGGGAUCAGCUGCGCCUCAACCCUCAAGUAGCUAGGGAGGCUGGCGUUGCUGCAGAGCCUUUGGGAGACAGGGCAGAUUCCUCGGGGGCCAUUGAAGAAGCUGCAGCUGACCCCAAGUCUGUGAGAGAAGGUGUUCCCAUGAAGAGAAGGCGAAGAGGCAAAAGAUCCAGCUCUGCAGAGAAUCAAGAGAGUGACCCUGGCAUAGAAAAGAGCACUCCUCAAAAGAUGGCCGAGGCUGACCCCAAGAGAGGAGUAGGCUCACCUCCUGGAAGGAAGAAAGCCACGCCCUCUGCCCCACGGAGCAGGAGGGGAGACUCUGCAUCCCAGUUUUUGGUUUUCUGUCAGAAGCACAGGGAUGAGGUAGUAGCAGAGCACCCAGAUGCCGCAGGUGAGGAGAUCGAAGAACUGCUUGGAUCCCAGUGGAACAUGCUUAAUGAAAAGCAGAAAGCACGCUAUAAUACCAAGUUUGCCCUAGUUACGUCUGCCCCGUGUGAAGAAGACUCUGGUAAUGUAAGUGGAAAAAAAAGAAAUCACACAAAGAGGACAGAGGACCCCCCAGAAGAUGCCGAUGAGGACACACCCAGGAAAAGACUCAGGAUAGACAAACACAGUCUUCGGAAGAGAGAGACGAUCACCGACAAAACAGCCAGAACAAGCUCUUAUAAGGCUAUAGAGGCAGCCUCCUCUUUCAAGAGCCAGGCAGCAACGAAAAAUCUGUCUGAUGCAUGCAAACCACUGAAGAAGCGAAAUCGGGCUUCUGCAGCGCCGUCUUCAGCUCUUGGGUUUAACAAAAGUUCAUCUCCUUCCGCAUCCUUAACUGAGAAUGAGGUCUCGGACAGCCCCGGAGACGAGCCCUCGGAAUCCCCGUAUGAAAGUGCAGAUGAAACGCAGACCGAGGUGUCCAUCUCGUCUAAAAAGUCUGAACGAGGAGUAACCGCCAAAAAGGAGUACGUGUGUCAGCUGUGUGAGAAGACCGGCAGCCUCCUGCUGUGUGAGGGCCCGUGCUGCGGCGCGUUCCACCUGGCCUGCCUCGGGCUUCCCCGGAGACCGGAAGGGAGGUUCACCUGCAGCGAGUGCACCUCAGGGAUUCACUCGUGCUUCGUGUGCAAGGAGAGCAAGACAGAGGUGAAGCGCUGUGUGGUGACGCAGUGCGGGAAGUUUUACCACGAGGCUUGUGUGAGGCAGUACCCCCUCGCCGUGUUUGAGAGCCGGGGCUUCCGGUGCCCGCUGCACAGUUGUGUCAGCUGUCACGCCUCCAACCCAUCUAACCCCCGGCCCUCCAAAGGGAAAAUGAUGCGUUGCGUCCGCUGCCCCGUGGCGUAUCAUGGAGGAGACGCCUGCCUGGCGGCAGGGUGCUCGGUGAUCGCUUCCAACAGCAUCGUCUGCUCCGGCCACUUCACGGCCCGGAAGGGGAAGCGGCACCACACCCACGUCAACGUCAGCUGGUGCUUCGUGUGCUCCAAAGGGGGCAGCCUGCUGUGCUGCGAGGCCUGCCCGGCCGCCUUCCACCCCGACUGCCUGAACAUCGAGAUGCCCGACGGCAGCUGGUUCUGCAACGACUGCCGGGCGGGGAAGAAGCUGCACUUCCAGGACAUCAUUUGGGUCAAACUCGGGAACUAUAGAUGGUGGCCGGCAGAAGUUUGCCAUCCCAAAAAUGUUCCCCCAAAUAUUCAGAAAAUGAAGCACGAGAUUGGAGAAUUCCCUGUGUUUUUCUUUGGGUCUAAAGAUUAUUACUGGACGCAUCAGGCUCGCGUAUUCCCGUACAUGGAGGGGGACCGGGGCAGCCGCUACCAGGGGGUCAGAGGGAUUGGAAGAGUCUUCAAAAACGCACUGCAAGAAGCCGAAGCCCGUUUCCGGGAAGUCAAACUCCAGCGGGAAGCCCGGGAGACGCAGGAGAGCGAGCGCAGGCCUCCCCCGUACAAGCAUAUCAAGGUGAAUAAGCCUUAUGGGAAAGUCCAGAUCUAUACGGCGGACAUUUCUGAGAUCCCCAAGUGCAACUGCAAGCCCACCGACGAGAGUCCCUGCGGCUCCGACUCGGAGUGUCUGAACAGGAUGUUGAUGUUUGAGUGCCACCCGCAGGUGUGCCCUGCCGGCGAGCACUGUCAGAACCAGUGCUUCACCAAGCGCCAGUACCCCGAGACCAAGAUCAUCAGGACGGACGGCAAAGGGUGGGGCCUGGUCGCCAAGAGGGACAUCAGAAAGGGAGAAUUCGUUAAUGAGUAUGUGGGUGAGCUUAUUGACGAGGAGGAGUGCAUGGCAAGGAUCAAGUAUGCGCACGAGAAUGACAUCACGCACUUCUACAUGCUCACCAUAGACAAGGACCGCAUCAUUGACGCCGGGCCCAAGGGGAACUACUCGCGAUUCAUGAACCACAGCUGCCAGCCCAACUGUGAGACCCUCAAGUGGACGGUGAACGGGGACACCCGCGUGGGCCUGUUCGCGGUGUGCGACAUUCCUGCAGGGACAGAACUGACUUUUAAUUACAACCUCGACUGUUUGGGCAACGAGAAGACGGUCUGCCGGUGCGGAGCCUCCAACUGUAGCGGGUUCCUGGGGGACCGACCAAAGACGUCAGCACCGCUGUCUUCAGAGGAGAAGGGCAAAAAGGCCAAGAAGAAGAGCCGGCGGCGCCGAGCCAGGGGCGAGGGGAAGCGGCCGUCUGAGGACGAGUGCUUCCGCUGCGGCGACGGCGGCCAGCUGGUGCUGUGUGACCGCAAGUCCUGCACCAAGGCCUACCACCUGUCGUGCCUGGGCCUGGGCAAGCGGCCCUUCGGGAAGUGGGAAUGCCCUUGGCACCACUGUGACGUGUGUGGCAAGCCUUCUACCUCCUUCUGCCACCUGUGCCCCAACUCCUUGUGUAAGGAGCACCACGACGGGACGGCCUUCCGGGCCACUCAGGACGGGCGGACCUACUGCUGCGAGCAUGACUUGGGGGCAGAGUCGGUGAGAAGCACCAAGACUGAGAAACCCCUGGCGGAGCCAGCCAAGCCCAAGGGGAGGAGGCGGCGGCGGAGGUGCUGGCGGAGGGUCACGGAAGGCAAAUAGCGCCAGGUGGUGGCGUGGUCAGAUCCGGGGCAGCGUGGGGCGGCCAGUCCUGCCGGGAAGGGGGGAGGGGCGCGGGGCGCGGGCUGGCUCCCAGAGCCGUGACGUAUCCAGGCCUCCACGGGAGGGAGAGCCUCCACCACUGAGCCACCCGCAGCCGCGCCGCUGCGUCUGCACUGAUGCCCGCUGAGCCGCCCCCACUCAGCCGCACUCGAGCCUCCGGUAAC